UGACCAUGCCAGACUCAGUGGCCCGAAUUGGAAAUUGUGCCCUUGCAAAUAGAUCCUUGGUGAGCUUGAACAUCCCGGACCCCAUGACCCACUUUAAGAAGGGUACGUUUGCUGGUUGCAAUCCUUUGGUGCUGAGGAAGUCCAAAUCUGGGACUCCAGAUUUGGGAAGAACGCCUUGAAAGGCUGCCAAAAGACGGCAGCGACAAGUGGCGCUUGCUCUAUGCCUGCAUCAUCAUCGACUUGAUUGGAAUGGCCAGCUAUUUGAUUUUCCUCAUCGGCGAGGUUGGAGAUUUGAUGUGGGCGCCCAUCGCCGGGUUCUUGCUGCAGCCUGGGGGCCUGGGCCCACCUGGCGGGACUGGGAUUGAGGGUCUUGGUCCAAUGGCCAACCAGCAGAGGUGGGCCAGCACCCGAACGUUCGACUAUCCCAGUAGGGUACCCCAGGUAGUUCCGGGUCCUAGUUCAGGUCACUGGCUACCUCUCUUGGAAGGAGGCUUCUUCGAAGAAAUGGAGGGCCAAAUUGCCCCAAAAAGGACGGCCUUCGACGUGGAUGAAGAUCGAGGAUUCCAGGCCUUCUACUUCAUGGGCAGCAGAAGUGAGGGUUGUGACAGCUCACUCUGUGGAUCCAGAGUCUCUGCGCUUCUUCGGCCUCUCUGCGCUUCUUCGGCCUCUCUCUGCUCUGGACUCUAUGGUGUGGUGAAAAAUACCGCUCACUCUGUGUGGCUCCUCAUCCUAUACAGCUCACUCAUGUCAGGAAGUACCCAGACACGACCUGUCUGGGUCUGCCAGUCCGUUCUGCCGCCCCAGAGUCUGACCUGUCUGGCACCACCCCAUCGGCCGUGAAAUGAAGGCAGUCCUAUCUUCCAGUCCCAGGUCCGGGUCGCGUGGACCUGCGGAUGUUGGACACGGAGGUGUCACCGACGGCUGUGGCCCUUCUUCGGCAGCCGGUGGCUCGGGGACUCUCCCCAGGUGGCGCCGAAGAGCACGCUGCGUGAAGAGCACACCUUCUUCCCCCCCCGGUGUUGACACCUCCAGCCGUUCCCCAAUCGGAUCCCGCACACCCCAGGCGCGGCGACUCGCGACGCGGCGACGAGUUCUGCUGCGUCUCGAGGAUGACCCCGCAAAGCACCCCAAGGUGGGCAAAUAUGUGGCAUACAUGGAGUGUUUGGGUUCAGUUCAAUGGGGGGUGAUUGGCUGAUGCAGAGAUCAGCCGAGAAGCCUUGGGAGAUCAGGGAAGCUACCCAUCAAUGUGAAGAUCCAGCAAUCUGAGCGCAUUCCUUGAAUUGGGCCAAUCGACAAGGAGCCUUCGGAGAAUUUCUUCGCCCUCCAAGUUGGGGCGCGCUUCUUUCAUCACGUCCAAAACCAACCUGUAGACGUAGACCAUGUGAAUGAAUAAGAAGCUUUCUCGAAGACGUUUUCCAUCGUUUUUUUCGCACCUCUGCAAUAAUUGUUUUCCAGAUGUUUCUUGCACCUUCUGUUCGGGUCACCUGGCUGGCAGGCUGCAGGCCCCAGCCCGCUAGCUACUUAGGGAUCUCCAUUCAACACCCCUUGAAGGUCCAGGUAUUCAUGGUUUCACAUCUUCCAAGAGAGGUUGAGAGACCUGAACUAGGACGCUGGUCUGUGGUACAUAUGGGAUGGGCGACCAGACGGGCUGUUCAACCUCUCCAGGUUCUCUCCUCUCCUGAACUUGCCAUUCCCCUAGAAGUCCAAAGACUAUAUUUUGACUGACUGAAGUAAAGGACAUUCCUCUUCGUGUCACCUAAAGACUAUUCUUUUUAUAGUCUUUGACUCCCAGGGAUUCCCUUCCCUUUUCCUUUGCUCUCUUCUCCUGUUUCUCGUUCCUUCAAGCUUCCACUCGCUCUGAAAUUGAGACGUUUUCGGUCCCAAAAUCUCCCGUUUUCUCCUUCCACAAGUCUCAACCGAUCCUCAACUCUAUAUAGGAAGAUGUCCUCAAGCGCCCGUUUUUGCAUGUGUUUGCCUCUCUUUUUCGGCACGAGACGAGGCCAUUUGAAGCGCCACCAAGCUGAGUCGACUUGAGGACGAUCCUCACUUUCAACGAUCGUACCCAUUGGCACCAGCGCGUUGUCCCACGCUCGUGCUCGAUCGAAGAAACCCGGCUUGUUCGCCCGCAUCCCCGCGCUCCGUGGCUCCCUGCGCCGCUCCCGUCUCCCCGCGUUGGCCGCUCCGUCAGGUACUUCUUUGGGAGCUUGCUGGUGCGCCCCGGGCGUCGGCGGAGUCUUUCGGGGCGUGGAGGUUCUGCUCUAGGCACCCGACUGAGUGAGCAGAACCCCGACAUGGAACUGCUGAUAUGAACUGGUUUCCAAAGGAGGUUAGCAUUCCAGCAGUCACGUUCGACGGGGUGCCGAACUGGGAGGAAGUCGGGGCGCCCCUGUCACAUCCACUCACUGGAUGGUCCUGGUUGAUUGACAUUGAGAAGAUAUUCCACAAAAGCCAUGCCCGAUGCUCUCCUUUAGUGUCCGCUUUCAGAUGAAACGAUUGCAUUCAGACUUCAAUUCCAUGCAGACCAAACUCAGUGACUCACAUUGGGAACGCUGCUUUUCAUAAUUGCAGCUCUCUUACCCCAGGUAUUUCCGGGUCCUAGUUCAGGUCACUCUCCACCUCUGGUGUGCGCCACUUGCCGCCUCCUGAACUUCAUGGUCCGGGGUUCAAAGGCUCUCCGCUUGGAGGUGUCCUCCCUGGGAGCGUUGGAAGAGUUUCUGCCCUUCACCGAUAUCUUGCCCACCGCCACGCUGGCAUGGGCGAUUUGCCACGUGGAGAGCUUGAACUUCUUGCGGCUUUUGCUGGGGAUCCAGCGCCACGGACCCCGGGAAGACGCCACCAACGGGGCGCCUGCGGCGCGCCCGCAGUCGGAGCAUCAAGACUGAGUUGGAAUGUGCCGUGAGUUCACACACCAACCCAUGCGAGUCAAGCGAGCU